UUUGCAUUUCAGACAGAUACUAAUCCGUGUGUACACGGAACUUGCAGCUCAGAUGACGGUGGUCAUGCUCACUAUCAAUGUACCUGUUAUACAGGAUGGACAGGAAGAAAUUGUCACAUUAUUGACUGUUCCAGCCCAAUAUACUGUUAUAACGGAGGGACAUGUGUGGCAAUGCAUUCUUACACCGAUUAUCGCUGUACUUGUUCAGAGGGUUGGGAAGGUCGAAACUGUGAACGCAGAGACUGUUCCAGUAACAUGUAUUGUAAAAAUGGGGGGACAUGUUCUGUCACAAAUGGAGGGUCAAGCUACGCUUGUAAAUGUGCUGCCGGCUGGACAGGUGUCAAUUGUGAACACGUUGACUGUUCCAGUCCAAUAUAUUGUUAUAACGGAGGGACAUGUGUGCCAAUCUAUUCUGACACCGAUUAUCGAUGUAUUUGUUCAGAGGGUUUGGAAGGUCGAAACUGUAAACUCAGAGAUUGUUCCAGUCACUUGUAUUGUAAGAAUGGGGGGACAUGUUCUGUCACAAAUGGAGGGUUAAGCUACACUUGUAAAUGUGCUCCCGGCUGGACAGGCGUCAACUGUGAAUACGUUGAUUGUUCAAGUCCAGUUUAUUGUCAUAAUGGAGGAACAUGUAAUUUGAUCCACGGUGGACGAGGGCAUACAUGUAGUUGUGCUGGUGGCUGGACAGGUACAAACUGUGAAUUAGCAGAUUGUUCAAGCCCACUUUACUGUCAUAACGGAGGGACGUGCAAUUUGAUCAAUGGCGGGAAAGGGCACACAUGUACUUGUGCUGAUGGCUGGAAAGGACAAAACUGUGAUUUAGUUGACUGCAAAAGUCCACUUUAUUGUCACAACGGAGGGACAUGUAAUUUGUUCAACGGCGGAAGAGGGCACACAUGCAGUUGUGCUGGUGGUUGGGAAGGUCCAAACUGUGAUUUAGUUGACUGCAGUAGUCCACUUUAUUGUCACAAUGGAGGGACAUGUACUUUAAUCAACGGCGGAAGAGGGCAUACAUGUAGUUGUGCUGGUGGCUGGAAAGGGCCAAACUGUGAUUUAGUAGACUGCAGUAGUCCACUUUAUUGCCACAACGGAGGGACAUGCAAUUUGAUCAACGGUGGAAAAGGGCACACAUGUAGUUGUGCUGGUGGCUGGGAAGGGCCAAAUUGUGAUUUAGUAGACUGCACUAGUCCACUUUAUUGUCAUAACGGAGGGACGUGUAAUUUGAUCAAUGGCGGAAAAGGGCACACAUGUAGUUGUGCUGAUGGCUGGACAGGGCAAAACUGUGAUUUUACAGACUGCAGUAGUCCAAUUUAUUGUCACAACGGAGGGACAUGUACUUUAAUCAACGGUGGAAGAGGGCAUACAUGUAGUUGUGUUGGUGGCUGGAAAGGGCCAAAUUGUGAUUUAGUAGACUGCAGUAGUCCACUUUAUUGUCAUAACGGAGGGACAUGUAAUUUGAUCAAUGGUGGAAAAGGGCACACAUGUAGUUGUGCUGAUGGCUGGAAAGGGUCUAAUUGUGAUUUAGUAGAUUGUUCAAGUCCGAUUUAUUGUCACAAUGGAGGAACGUGUAACUUGAUCAACGGCGGAAAAGGACAUAACUGCAAUUGUGCAGAUGGCUGGAAAGGAGCUAACUGUGAUUUAAUAGAUUGUUCAAGUCCACUUUACUGUCUUAAUGGAGGGACAUGUAAUUUGAUAAAUGCUGGAAGAGGGCAUACAUGUAGUUGUGUUGGUGGCUGGAAAGGAACAAAUUGUGAUUUAGUAGAUUGCUUGAGUCCACUUUACUGUCUCAAUGGAGGCACUUGUCAUUUGAUCAACGGUGGAAGAAGCCAUAUGUGCAGAUGUUCAGAUGGUUGGAAAGGCACAAAUUGUGACUUUGUAGAUUGCACUAGUCCGCAAUAUUGUCACAAUGGGGGAACAUGUAAUCUGAUAAACGGCGGAAGAAGCCAUUCUUGUAGUUGUGCUGAGGGUUGGAAAGGAACUAAUUGUGAUUUUACAGAUUGUUCUAGUCCACUUUAUUGCCACAACGGAGGGACAUGCAAUUUGAUCAACGGCGGAAGAGGGCACACAUGCAGUUGUGCUGAUGGCUGGAAAGGACCCAAUUGUGACUUAGUAGAUUGCACAAGUCCGAUACAUUGUGGAAAAUAUGGUGACUGCCAGCUGACAAAUGGGGGUCGUGACAAAACUUGUAUUUGUUUUUAUGGGUGGAAAGGUCCGAAAUGUGAAAAUAUUGACGUUUGCACGCCAUAUAAAAAGGCCGACUUUGUAUUUGUUAUCGACACUUCGAUGAGUGAAUAUAAUAUUACAUUUGAUAGGCAUAAACAAUACGUUCAGAACUUCAUAUCCAAAUAUCAAGUAGGGCCACCAAACUAUCGAUACCAGUUUAGUCUUGUGACAUUUUCUCGACAAGCGACCGUUCAUUUUUACUUAAAUACUUUUAACAACAAUAGCGAGAUACAGAACGCAAUAGAUCACCUAACAGUAGAUUGUGGUGGCCCGAGUUUGACUGGAACUGCUUUGAAGAAAGUACGCGAAGACGUUUUACAGACGUCAAAUGGUGUGAGAGAUCCGGUUGAUGUCGAACGCUAUAUAAUAUUAUUAUCGGAUGGACUGUCGUCGGACCCGAAUAUUGUGAUAUCAGAGGCAAAUGCUUUGAAAGUCAGCGGUGUGAAGAUUUACUCUGUUGGUAGUGGAUUGUCCAUACGUCAUGAGGAAUUGUUAGAAAUAUCAUCAUUUAAUCAUUUUGUGUUUCCAAUGGCAACAGAGGAUUGUUUACAGACACUCCUUAAAUACACCAUGUUUGGUUGUGACAAAUGUUCAACAUAUGUGUCAGAUGUUGCUGUUGUUAUGGAUGUCUCAGCUAAUAAAAACCAUAGAAACUUUGAUAUGCAAGUCAAAGCUGUAUCUUAUCUUUUAUCACUUACUGACAUUGGCCCAAAUGCAACCCAGUUCAGUUACUCUACGUUCACGAACGACACAGUGAGUGUAUAUAAUUUUACGACCCAUCACGAUCGAGUCAGUCUAAUAGCUGAUGUUAAUAAGAAAACAAGACAGGAAUACAAUACAAAUGUUAACAUAACCCGUGCUCUGAAUGAUGUGAAUAAAAAUGGAUUUUCAAAUUUGAGAGGACCGAGGCCAUAUGCAAGAAAGAUCCUAGUUUUGGUGACUUCAGGAAGCAUGAAUGAUACUCAAGAAAUAAAAACGGCGGCAAAACAGCUCAAAGACUCUGGAAUAAUAAUUGUUACCAUAGGUACUGGUAGAAAUGCUCACUGGAUCAACUUGCGUAAUAUAUCGUCGGACCCAACGCUAACGUUUGUACUAGGGGAUGACAACCAUAUCGGCGUUAAUGUGCUAGACUCUCUUAGAACAACUUUAUCAUAUGAUUAUUGUUCAAAUGUAUAACAUUGUAAAAUACAUGCUUUAAUUAUAUAAUUUUCAAUAUUGCCAUGACUUUAGUUACACUGUGUUUAUCUAUUGUUUUAUCAUAUAUUGUGCAGACAUCUGUCACUGCAUUAUAAUAAAGACAUUGAAGAAUA